AUGAAGCUCGUGAGGCAGUCGGUGGAGUAUGGUGAGGUCUUCGACGCUCCGCGCCUGUUGUUGAAUGUUCACGCUUUGCCUAGGCUGGCGGCCCCUGCGGAGGGCGACCCGCCACUGACUCCCGUCUAUGACUCACUCACGACGAAUGUACCGCAUCCGACAAUGGGGUUCCUGUCGCUCCCAUUCCCGCAUGAAACACCCAUCUACCCACCGGCGGAGGCCGUACACAAGUACCUCCAGCACUACGCGGAGCACUUCGGCUUGCUCGAGCACAUCAAGCUCAACAGUUCGGUCUCUUCCGUAACGCGCGACAAGGACGCCGGAAAGUGGGUCGUGACGACGCGCAAUGCGGUGACCGAAGAUGACAUUGUUUCCUACGAUUUCGUCAUCGUCGCGAACGGGCAUUACCACGUUCCGCGAGUACCAACCACUCCCGGGCUUCAAACGUGGCUUGACGCAGGCCGCGCACAGCACUCCAUCUACUACCGCAACCCCUCCAGCAUAGGCACCGCCCAAACGCUGCUGGUUCGCCGAGCUGUUCUCCACCGGCCACACCUCAUCGGCUCCAUCACCAACGGCAAACCGUCCAACUCUGAGAACCCAAAUCUGAAGAUCCGCGGGCGCGUCGCGCACUGCGACACCCCCGCCUCCAACCGCGUCGUCUUCGAAGACGGCACCGCGCUCUCCGGGAUCGACCACGUCGUGCUCGGGACAGGCUACGAGGCCGCGCUGCCCUUCCUCGCGCCCGACGUCCUGCACGUCGCCAUCCCCCCGCGCGCGCGCGCGCGCACUUCCCGCGGCGCUCGCGAACUCGACAGCAUCGUGCCCAUGCCGUGCUACGAGGCCCAAGCGAUCUUCGUCGCGCACGUCUUCGCGCACCCUGCGGCGCUCGACCUCGCCGCCGAGACGGACGCGGUCACCGCGCGCUACGACCUCCUGCGUGCCCGCUUCUCCAGACCCCCCUCGUCGCCCCUCCCGAGCCCCGCGGACGCGUUCUCGGGGGCGCCUCCGGGUCCCGCGCUCGACCUCGCCGUCGCGAAGGCGUGGGACGUGUUCGAGGGACACGCGCAGUUCGCGUAUCGCGACGCGCUCCGGGGCGUCGCGGGCGAUCCUGUGCGCGUCGAGGACUGGGAGAGGGAGGCUACGGAUGCGAGGCUGACCCUGCGCGACACGUGGAAGUCGCUCUAG